AUUCAUACUGACAUAAGCCGGUUUGCAUGUUUUAAUUGACUUUAAUGGUCUUUGGUACCUGUUUUUGUGAUGAAAAUUGUAUGUUUGUGGGUGCUUUUUCACUUCUGCUAACUUCAAGCUUAGGAUUGGAGGCUUCCUACGGUUGUGUAAUCGUUGAGCAACCCUCCGUGACGUCCAAAGCUCCUUCUCAGUAUAACAGUAUAGGACCAUGUGGCGUGUCUCUCUGUUUGGUGUUCAAGGGUGUGAGAAAACAAUGUUCACAAUAGCCAAAAGUGUUGUGCUACUUUUGUGGACGCAAACGUUCAUCUUUGUGAAAUGCCAAGAUUGUACCCUUGAACAAUUUUUAAAAAGCCCAAACUAUGAUGUUAAUUUUGAAACAUCUGGUUUGGCUGCGACGUACGGACCUGGAAAACAAGUACGGGUUCCCUGUAAGAUUGGCUUCAUGGGGUUUUACAAGCUGAUCUGUUCUGAGGGACGAUGGGUGCACAGGGGCUCGAUAUGUGAAAUAAAAUCGUGUGGACAUCCGGGCGACGCCGCAUUUGGAGACUUUCGACUUGAGAAGAAAGAUGAUUUUGUCUAUGGGUCACAAGUUGUUUAUGAAUGUCAAAGAGGUUAUCACAUGGUGAGUCGAUCAAACAUUCGUCGUUGCCAGGCAGAAGGCUGGGAUGGCGUUGUUCCUGUUUGUGAAGCCAUUAGAUGUCCAUCCAUCCCUUUGCCCGAUGGCAUGCAGGUGGUGGGGGAUUUAGACGAAGCCACUUUUGGUAAUGUAGUUCAGUUUAGCUGCAGGAACAACAGUCAUGUCUUGGAAGGAUCACGAGUGAUGCAUUGCAAUGAAAAUGGCGAGUGGCAAGGCACAGCUCCAAAAUGUAAAGAUAUCAAAUGUAAUGCCCCUGUGAUUGAAAAUGGCCGUGUAGAAGGGAAUCGUCAGGAGUACAAUAAAGAUGAAUGGUUGACUUUUAGUUGUAACGAUGGAUUUAAAAAGGUUUAUGACUUUCGACCAAAAUGUCAAAAACUAGGACAGCAUGGCAACGCAGAAUGGGCACCAACACCUGCUUGUAAAAAGAUAACCUGUGAACUGUCUCAGCCACCACCACUGGGAACAGCUUACAGUACACAAAACAGUGUCUUUUUACCUCGGCAAACGGUGCGAGUUACGUGUGGGGAGAGAUACUCGAUUAUAAACACUAAAACUACUGAGGCAGUCGUCACAUGUCAAGUUGAUGGAGAAUGGGACACCUGGCCCGUGUGUAAAGAGGUUACUUGCUCACGUAAUCUACCAGAAGAUAAUUUAUCUUGGGGUACCACUCGUGACACCUGGGGCCGAAACGGGUUAGGUGACACUGUGAACUAUGACUGUAAAUGGUACUAUGAGAGAACAGAUGGAGCUCAACAUGCCACAUGCACCAGAGAUGGCUGGACACCAAAACCACUUUGCCGAGCAACAUCAGCACCAUGUCCACAUCCUGAUUUUGAAAAUGCAGUCAUUACUUAUGGUGGAAAAGACAGCUACAAUAGAAAUGACAAGGUCCAAUACAGAUGCCAGACUGGGAAUGGAGAAACGUUCACUGCUACUUGUAGGGAAGGAGCCUGGACUGAAUCAACGAGGUGUGCUGCAUCAUGUCCACCUCCUGAUUUUCAAGAUGCAGACAUUAUUCAUGGUGCAAAAUACAACUAUAUCAGUGAUGACCAGGUCCAAUACCGAUGCAGGAGUGGGAAUAGAGAAACUUUCACUGCUAUCUGUAAGGAAGGAACCUGGGCUGAAGCAAACAAGUGUGCUGUGUGCAAAAUACCUCCUAUUGAACAUGGAUUUGCAGUCGGCCCUUUCAACAACAAAGUGAUUUAUUACUCGUGUAAUGAAAACUAUAAACUUUCUGCCAAAAGCUGGUGGGAUGCAGCUACAUGUGUUAAUGGUGAAUGGCCUGCUCUCCAUCCAUGUAUAGUAAAAACACAGUGUGGAGAAGCUCCCGUUAUUCCUAAUGGACGUGCAACAACCUCUCCUGGAAGAUUAGAGAUCGUUUGUGAUGAAGGCUACAGAACUGAGACGACUCAUCUGAACUGUUUAAAUGGAGAAUGGAAUUUAGUAGGAAUUGAAGUAGAAACUAUCUGUAAACCUGUUAGUAAGCCCUGCCCGCCACCACCUAGCGUUACAAAUGCAGUUAUUAUGGAACCUUAUCAGAAGGAGUAUUUAUCCGAGUCUUCUGUCACUUAUGAAUGCCGCAAAGGUUACAUGAUAAAUGGAGGAGAAACAAUUAGAUGCAAUGAUGGAGCAUGGGAAAAGAAGACCAUCUCCUGUGUUCGAUAUUGUGAGAAUUUAGAAGAUGGAAAAUUGAUGAUUCGGUCUGAUGUAAAAGACACAUACAAGGAAGGUGAGAGCAUCAACUAUGAGUGUAAUGCACCUGGAGAAGUUAUCGAGGGAACUGCAUCGUGUAGCAAUGGCUUGUGGUCCAAAUCAAUAGAAUGUCCAGCUGUGCCUUGUCUAAUUGGGGGCCUGCCCACACAUCUGGGCAUAGCUGGAGAUCCACCAACUACUAACCAAGUGCCUGGGGGACAAACAUUACGUUUUUACUGCCCAGAUGAAUAUUAUCUUGAGGGCGCUGCAGAAAUUGAGUGUUCAGAAGCAGGAGAGUGGAAAGAAUCGUUCCCAACAUGCUCAAAAAAAUGUCCAAUUCUGGUAUUAACAGACAAUGUAAUCAUCAGCGAACCUGCAGAAGGAAGAUAUUUACGAAGGAAAGGAGAAAUAUUAACAUUUGGUUGUCUACGAGGGCUCUCCAUCACUGGGAACACGACAAUUGAAUGUUUGAAUGAUGGAAUAUGGAGUGGCCAACCUCCUACGUGUGAAACUCUGUCUUGUACAGUUGGGGACCUGCCCACGGGUCUGAAAAUAUCUGGAGAUCGACCAGCUAAUAACCAAGUGCCUGGGGGACAAACAUUACGUUUCUACUGCCCAAAUGAAUAUAAUCUAAGGGGAGCUGAAGAAAUUGAGUGUUUACAAACAGGAAAGUGGAAAGAACCGUUCCCAACAUGCUCAAGCUGUGGGCGUCCACCAUCUCUAACAGAUGGAGACACUGUGGGUUUCCCUAAACAACAAUAUGAAAAUGGUGCAACUGUUGAAUACACCUGUUUCAACAUGUACGUUCUGAAGGGUGGGCGGUUUAAAACGUGUAACAAUGGUGUGUGGACUGGAGAGAUGAGAUGCAUGAAACCAUGCACUGUGAAUGCUGAAAUGACGGAGGGACACAAUAUUGAAUUUUCACGUAAUGACAGAGAUAAAUAUUAUGCGCCUCAUGAAGAUCACCUGACAUUUGUAUGUAAACGUGGAACAAGACUACUUCACCAAGAGCCAAUGCGUAAACAGUGCAUCAAUGGACAGAUGGACCUGCCCACCUGUGAACACUUACUGCUAGCUCUUGAACAACUUGACCAUCCACACACCCCCCAGUCCUUUGAGGCUUGUGUGGAAAAGUGCAUGCAAGAAUGGGGGCUCCUAAAUGAGAAAGUUCUCACCGUAAUAACAGACAAUGGUAGCAAUAUGGUGGCAGCAUUCAAACAUAGUGCUCCAGAAGAUGAAGAUUCCAGCUCCGAUGAUCCAGAUGCAUCCAUCCUAAGUGAAAGUGAUUCCAAGGAGACAGAAAACCUGCAGUGUCAGGACAUGGGCAUGGACAGGAUGCCAUGUGUCGUCCAUACGCUGCAGCUUGUUGUCCACAUAAUAAACAACGAGGAAAGCAUCAACAGAGUCUUGAACAAAGUCCGAUCAAUCGUGAAACUUUUUCGCAAGUCAUCAGUCGCAGCACAGAAGAUUUUGGAUGACCAUCUGGCAGAUGUGGAACAAAACACAAGUCGAGAUGUUGCUGCUCUAGCACGUAAAAUAGAAGGGAAUGUGAACCAGCGUUUUGCCUGGGGUAGAAUAUUUGUUUUUAAUGGUCAAAGUUCAUCUGGGAAGUCCUUGUUUGACCCUUUAAAAGCUUCAUCAGAACUCAGACUGCGACAAACAGUGAAGUUCUCCCCAGAAAGAAACACUUCUCCAGAGAGCAUGAAGCUGUGGCUGAUCCUCCCGUUCCUCCAGCUUUGGGGAAAUGUGAACAUUUCAUUCUCACAGAAUGCCAUUAGAUGUCCAUCCAUCCCUUUGCCCGAUGGCAUGCAGGUGGUGGGGGAUUUAGACAAAGCCACUUUUGGUAAUGCAGUUCAGUUUAGCUGCAGGAGCAGCAAUCUUUUCUUGGAAGGAUCACGAGUGAUGCAUUGCAAUCCAAAUGGCGAGUGGCAAGGCACAGUUCCAAAAUGUAAAGAUAUCAAAUGUAAUGCCCCUGUGAUUGAAAAUGGCCGUGUAGAAGGGAAUCGUCAGGAGUACAAGAAAGAUGAAUGGUUGACUUUUCGUUGUAACCAUGGAUUUAAAAAGGUUGAUAACAGACAACCAAAAUGCCAAAAACUAGGACAGCGUGGCAUCGCAGAAUGGGCACCAACACCUGCUUGUAAAGAGAUAACCUGUGAACUGUCUCAGCCACCACCACCGGGAACAGCUUACAGUACACAAAACAGUGUCGUUUCACAUCGGCAAACGGUGCGAGUUACGUGUGGGGAGAGAUACUGGAUUAUAAACGAUAAAACUACUGAGGCAGUCGUCACAUGUCAAGUUGAUGGAGAAUGGGACACCUGGCCCGUGUGUAAAGAGGUUACUUGCUCAGGUCAUCUACCAGAAGAUAAUUUAUCCUGGACUACCAAUCGUAACACCUGGGGCCGAAACAGGUUAGGUGACACUGUGAGCUAUAGCUGUGCCUGGAGCUAUGAGAGAACAGAUGGAGCUCAACAUGCCACAUGCACCAGAGAUGGCUGGACACCAAAACCACUUUGCCGAGCAACAUCAGUACCAUGUCCACAUCCUGAUUUUGAAAAUGCAGUCAUUACUUAUGGUGUAAAAGACAGCUACAAUAGAAAUGACCAGGUCCGAUACAGAUGCCAGACUGGGAAUGGAGAAACGUUCACUGCUACUUGUAGGGAAGGAGCCUGGACUGAAUCAACGGGGUGCGCUGCAUCAUGUCCACCUCCUGAUUUUCAAGAUGCAGACAUUAUUCAUGGUGCAAAAUACAACUAUAUUAGUGAUGACCAGGUCCGAUACCGAUGCAGGAGUGGGAAUAGAGAAACUUUCACUGCUAUCUGUAAGGAAGGAACCUGGGCUGAAGCAAAGAAGUGUGCUGGAUAUUGUGAGAAUUUAGAAGAUGGAAAAUUGACGAUUCGGUCUGAUGUAAAAGAAACAUACAUGGAAGGUGAGAGCAUCAACUAUGAGUGUAAUGCACCUGGAGAAGUUAUCGAGGGAACUGCAUCGUGUAGCAAUGGCUUGUGGUCCAAAUCAAUAGAAUGUCCAGACCAAAGUGGCUGUGGGCGUCCACCAUCUCUAACAGAUGGAGAGACUGUGAGAUUCACUGAACAACAAUAUGAAAAUGGUGAUACUGUUGAAUACACCUGUUACAACAUGUACGUUCUGAAGGGUGGGCGGUUUAAAACGUGUAACAAUGGUGUGUGGACUGGAGAGAUGACAUGCAUGAAACCAUGCAUUGUGAAUGCUGAAAUGAUGGAGAGACACAAUAUUGAAUUUUCACGUUAUGACAGAGAAAAAUAUUAUGCGCCUCAUGAAGAUCACCUGACAUUUGUAUGUAAAUAUGGAACAAGACUACUUCACCAAGAGCCAAUGCGUAAACAGUGCAUCAAUGGACAGAUGGACCUGCCCACCUGUGGUUAAAGCUUUUGGUGUGAUACAUAUGAACACACAAACAUGUUAUUGAUUAUAGCAACAAGUUUAAUAAUUCUGAAUAAUUUUAGAUCCUUUAUAUCAAUGAACACAUUUAAUCCUCUGCUCCUGCAUGUUUUAUUAUUAAAGGCUUUUCCUAAAUUGUU